AUGCCUAAGUCUGGGAGCGUUUUGGGCGCGACCCACACAGGCCAAAACGAUGCGACAGCUCCAGGGCGUGGAAGAGGCCGAGGGCGCGCCGCCAACGGGAUGAAACCAUUUGCGAGCCGUCGAGGAGGAGUUCCUGCGCGUGGGAGAGGUCGGGGCCAGCAGCCAUCACAACCUGCAGGUAAUAACGCUGGAACCAAGCUGGGGACAGAGCCAUUUGCUGGUACGGCCUCAUCGAACUCGCCCUUUGCUCAGAUCAAGAACAACAAUUCUUUUCUAUCUGCGAAUGGGUCGAGCGCGCCUCUCAUGUUCGGAAAACCGUCCCCUACCCCAGAAAGCACAACUGUGACUGGAUUUGGCGCCCCUUCCGUUGUGUCUACAGCGAUGGAGAAUAAUGUGGACCAUGCGAGAGAUCCUCGUCCUGGCGCUGCUUCUAAACGACUAGCCCACAGCAAACCUACCCCAGCUCCGCGCAGCAACGGAGGUGGCAAGACAGUAGAUUAUCAAGAACGCUAUGAAAAGCUCAAAGCUGCACGGAAUAAGCAAAGAGAAACCCCUGUCAAGCCAGGCACGGCCGAUCCCAGCCAAGCGCAGAACAAAACCCCGGUUGGCACAUGUACAGCUAUGUGUCCAGAGUUUGAGAGAGUGGAAAGGAUGGUCCAAAAAAUGAUUGAUAAAUGCGAGAAAUCAAUAGAUCCUUCGACAGAUACCCUUGAGACACGAGAGUUGAAGAUGGUGAAAAGGUUCAGAAGAUCCGCUGCGGGCUACGACGAGCAGCUACCCUCCGAUAUUCGCACCCCGUCCACGCUUCUUCAAACAAUGAACUACCUCAUCCGGUAUAUUCUUAGCGGCCCUGAGCCUCUAGGCUUGAUCCAUAAAUUUGUCUGGGACAGGACUCGGUCGAUAAGAAACGAUUUCUCCGUGCAACAGUUGACUAAGAUCGAGGAUGUGAAAAUAGCAGCGAAAUGUCUGGAACGGAUAGCGCGCUUCCAUAUCGUUUCUUUGCAUUUACUUUCUAGCCCGGACAACGAGGAACAAUUUGAUCACCACCAAGAGCGGGAACAACUCAACAACACCAUGCUUUCUUUGAUGCAUUAUUAUGAAGACAACAGAGACCGUAUAGAUUUCCCCAACGAGGCCGAGUUCCGCGCAUAUUACAUUGUCUUGGCUAUCCACGACCAGCGCCACGACAUUGAAGAUCGAGUCCAAAGAUGGCCGCAGGAAAUUCUUGAACACCCCAAAGUCCAAGUCGCCUUGGACCUCUUAGCAGCCUCUGGCAACGCUUGGGAUUAUCAAAGUGUGCUAGAUGACUUGCGACCUAAUGCCAUAGCGCAAGGGUUCUACGAGAGGUUCUUCAGUCUAGUGGAUUCUCCAGCUGUGUCUUAUCUGAUGGGCUGCGUUGCAGAGAUUUACUUCAGCAGUGUUAGGCAGACGGCUAUCAGAUCAAUUUGGAAGGCUUGCUGCCGUGUACCAAUCUCUCAGCAGCACAAAAACGAAGACUGGACAUUAGACGAACUCACCCGAACACUCUACUUUGACGAUCAUAUGCAAACCGAGGAGUUUUUGGAAGAGCAAGGGCUUCAGUUGAUGGAAAGGGAUGAUGGAGUGCCGUACUUGAACUGGGGCAGUAGCUCUAUCGAUACUGUUGACUUCAACCCUUCUUCACGGCACACCUUUUCGAGAAGUUACGUCGAAACGAAACGUGGUUGUAGAACUCUUGCCGCCAUCAUUCUUGGGUUGAAUGUACAGCAAGCAGCAUCUCGAGGCAUGGUUGAUCUCUCUUUGGUUGAGUUACCAGAUUCACCCAUCGAAAAUGAAGAAGACAAUGAGCUUUUCGUCCGCCAAGAUGAGCCCAACGAUACUGAAAUGUCCGCAAUGCAAAACGAUCAACCUUCAAAUCCUUUCUUCCCUCCUCCUGCACCUUUGGAGAAGCCAGAGGUACUCUCUUCACAACCUUCAUUGUCUAUUUUUGGGAGUAGCACGGAACCCAAGGCUCCUCACAACCCUUUCGCGUCCAAUAUUCCUCCCAUAACUUCCUCCACUGAGCAGCCAAAAUCCGUGUUCUCAUUCCCUUCUCCAUUUCAAAAUACAAAUACCACGUCGACGUCAGAGUCUUCGUCAACUAUCACUUCCGCAGCAGCACCGCCUGGUCCAUUUUCUUCAUGGCCAUUGUCCUCUCAAGGCCCUUCGUUUUCAGCGACUCCUGCUCCGGUCACGUCUGCUGAACCAUCAAACCCGCGGCCUUCAUGGCUACCAGCGUUUCCGAGCUCAACCACCUCGCAAGCCUCUCCAUCUACGUCAGUCCUACAGACAUCGAAGCCACUCUUUGGAUCAACGCCACCUUCUUUCAUCUCGCCUUUCACAAGCCAGCCGAAAUUCGGAGAUACUUCCACAACUGCCGUGUCAACAGAAACAUCUAAUACGUUGUCAUUUGGGCCAUCGGCACCAGCUAGUUCAUUUGCCAUACCUGCGCCUUCGGCGAACCAAUUUUCGAGCAUAGUCCCAGAACCCUCGACCAUAGCGCAACCGGAACCGGUGGCUGCGGAAAAUCCUCAACCAUCAUUUGCAGCACAGUCAUCGAUCUUCUCAAAUCAACCGUUGGUACAAGACACUUCGUUGCUAUCUUCCAUCCCACCAGCGCAAGAUAGCGUGGAGCCGAUUCCAAGUGUAGAAGAAGUCGAAUCUCCCUCAAACACUCCUCCCAUGGAAGAACAAGAGCCAAUCGUCGAGUCUCCACCGAUAUCAGAAGCAUCUGCGGAGGAGAACCAAGAAUUUCGCAAUUCGUGGAUAGAAACUUUGAGACAAGCGGCAAUGUCUAAGCGGAAAAUCCCGCCCAAUCGAAAGCGUCCCUUCGAGGCAGAGCCACAGGUGCCGCGAGCUCGGAAGCCUAAUGCACUGCCUUUGCAGGUCCAGGAUGCACCUAAUCAAGCUGUUCCCAAACCUGCGCCUGCACGGCCUAAACCGAAAAAGGCGUCCCUUGCUCUUGCUUCGAUUGCACCUCUUCCAACACUCCCAAUUCUUGAACAGGUAAAGAAAAUGACGCAGAUCAGAAAGCAAGAAGACGAAGUCGAAAGCACUAGAUCAUCGCAAAUAGAUGAGGACGAACUACUGCUUUCUGCCGCUCGAAUUGCAGCGGAACAGUUGAAGAACGGGCCAAGACUUCUAGAACACACGCCCGAUUAUUCUUAUCUCGACCCACUCCGAUCUUCUACAUAUCUAGGGCGGAGUACGAGCUCGGCAAGAAGUUCACUCAACACGCCAUCGCCUUAUGCCCGCAUUAAUGGUUACGAAGUCGCCUUGGCACCAGAGACUCCCCUUGGCCUUGGCCGCACGUUGUCGCGAACUGAACAGCGUUUAAGGCUCACCGGAGGAAAAGGACUGGCAUAUAAACCCCUCCAGCGCACGCCCGAUCAAGAGACGGAAACGGGCAAGAAAGCAAAACGAAAGAAACUAAAAAACGGAUCUUGA